CCGUGAGCACAGAAAAGCUCUAACAACCCUAUUCUCUUCUCACUUUUACAAUUUCAAGAGAUGGGUGAGGUAGUUAAGGGAGCUGCUCCAGUUCCAGAGUCAGUAUUGAAGAAGCAAAAAAGGAGUGAGGAAUGGGCCCUUGCAAAGACACAAGAGCUUGUAGCUGCAAAGAAGAAAAGUGCUGAGAACCGGAAAUUGAUCUACAACAGAGCUAAGCAGUAUGCUAAGGAGUACGACCAGCAGGAAAAGGAGUUGAUCCGUUUGAAGCGUGAGGCUAGAUUGAAGGGUGGUUUCUAUGUUGACCCUGAAGCAAAGCUGUUGUUUAUCACUAGAAUCCGUGGGAUCAACGCUAUGCCUCCACAGACCAAAAAGAUAUUGCAGCUUCUACGGUUGAGACAGAUCUUUAACGGUGUCUUUUUGAAAGUCAACAAAGCCACUGUCAACAUGCUUCACAGGGUUGAACCUUAUGUUACCUAUGGUUAUCCUAACCUAAAAAGUAUUAGAGAAUUGAUCUACAAGAGAGGUUAUGGGAAAGUUGACAAGCAGAGAAUUGCUUUGACUGACAACUCUGUCAUUGAGCAGGUAUUGGGCAAGUAUGGAAUUAUCUGCAUGGAAGACCUAGUCCAUGAGAUCAUGACCGUUGGACCCCAUUUCAAGCAGGCCAACAACUUCCUAUGGCCGUUCCAACUUAAGGCACCUUUGGGUGGACUGAAGAAGAAAAGGAAUCACUAUGUUGAAGGAGGUGAUGCUGGUAACCGUGAGAACUUUAUCAAUGAACUUAUUAGGAGGAUGAACUAAGAGAAUUGGAAAUUUUGCUGUGUUAGGAGUGAGUAACUACUUUAUCUCAUCUUUUAAGACCUUUUUGGGGUAUUGAAGUGAUAAACAGCUUCAGAUUUUCUGCCUUCAUUUGAGAUUGUUUAGAGUUAUGACAGUAUACGACAAUGAUGAUGUUUUUUUCCGCAGGGAACAUAUCUAUGUCAAAUUAUUAUCUUUAUCUA